GAAAUCCAAAACCCGCAAUGGCGACCUCCGACGCCGCAACGGCGUGGACCGCGAAGCUAGCCGAAUAUCGGUCUCAGUACGAGCGCGUGCGAAAGUUGAUCGACGUCGAAAGCGGCUCCGACCCGGCGACCGAGCCCUACCGGUCCAAGUACGAAGCGAGACGCAUCCUCAAGGAGCUCCUCGAAGACCUGAGCCGAGUGGAGUUCGGCGACGCACCGCGCAAGGACUUCAUCCGCGCGCUCGCAAAGUACGAGCUCGGAGUCAUCGCCACAGACACCGAAGAAGUCUCGCUCGGUCAGGAAUACUUGGAAGAAUGUCUCAGGAUCGUCGGGGAAGAACGGUAUGCGGAUCCAGAGAGCCGGCUGACCGUCGUGUGCGCCCUCAACCAGCUCGGAAUUGUUCACGUCAGGCGCGGAGACGCGACCAAGGCGUUGGAAUACUUGAAGAAAGCCGAGGCUAUCUACGCCAAGGUGAGCUCAUCGCCGGGGGAGUUGGCGAAGACCGUUAACCCGGCGGACCUCUUUCUUCCCGACGCUGCGGCCGAACAAGCCGAGGGGACGCAACGCGGAGCUAACAAUCCAAACUUCGAGCUCGCGAACGCCCACACGCUCUACUACCUCGCACAAGUCUACGAGAACCUGGGCGAGAAUGCCAAGGCCGCCAUGUACUGUCACAGCACCCUGAAGAAGGAGCUGACCCUGGAGAACUUCGACAGCAUCGACUGGUCCAUCAAUGCCGCCACGCUGUCUCAGUUCUUCAUUGCCAGGGGAGACUUCGCGGCCGGAAGGCAUCUCCUGGCUUGCUCAAGUCACGUCCUGAACGAGUACGAAAAGAAGUUGGACACCGAGACGUCGACGUCACCCGAGGAGAAGGCGGAGAAAGAGGACAAGCUGCGACACAGGUUCGCGGACGUGGCCCGCUGCUGGGCAAAGUACGGCCUCUUCCUGCUGAUAGCGUCCAGGGAAAAUCUGACAGAUUCCAAGACGACGAGCGCUAAGCCUACGGCUUGGGGGACGGACAAGAAGCCCCACGUCUUGAUCAAGUCGCCGGAGGUGAGCCGCAUCGAGGAAGACAUCACCGACAAGCUCGUCACGGAUUUCGAAGGCGCUCGUCCCGUGUUCCUCAAGUCUCAGAAGUGGCUGGAAGAUGCGAAGCGCUACUACACUCUCAAGGACCACGCUACCGACUACAUCGAGAUCGUACAGGAAAUAAGCAAGCUUUACAGGGAGCUCGCCUCCUUCGAACCCGCGCCUGACAGGAAGUGCAAGAUGCACAAGCGACGCAUCGACAUGCACGAAGAGGUCCUUAAGGAAGUCAACCCACGGUACUACCUGGGAGUCUGCCGCCAGAUCAUGUUCGAACUCGGCGAAGUCUACAGCGAGAUGAUGAGCCUGAAGCUGGCAGCACUGCCUCCGGCCGUCAGUCCGCAGUCGCCGGCCGUCAAGAAGGUCAACUCCAUCAUCGACAAGGCCAUUCGGCACUACACGUCGUUCAUAGACACGGUCAGGGAUCCCGGAGGCAAGCUUCCGGAGAGACUUCCGGAGGACCUCGCACGUCCCGUGCUGGUGGCGCACUUCUACAUCGGCCGGCUCUACUCCAGCAUAAUAGCGCAGGAGCCGCGAGAGCAGUUUGAGAACUUCGAGAAGACCAAGGAACACUACGAGUUCGUUCAGGAGUACUGCAAGAGGGUUCUGGAACACGGACAACUCGUGAGGGAUGAACUUCAGAUCAUGGCCGAACUGUUGCAGCUUAUUCCAGCGAAGCUGCAGCAGAUGAUGAGCACGACGCUUUACUGAUCUCAUUUAUUUCGUGCGAUGGGCAAUCUGUCAGUGGAUUAUGAAUAAGUGUACUUCCUCUUGCUCACUUGCUUAAUGCUUAUAUACAAUAGGACUACCUGCCAGAGACCAGUGCAAUCCACAUUUGUAUGCAUUACAUCUUCUAGUUAGCACCAAGAACAAACUGCUGAAUACGACCCUUCAUCGUUUUGCUGUGAUGCUGCUGCAAAAGCUGUGGCAGCUCAGUGAUGCUGCCAUGGGAGCCUUGUGAAUGUAUUUUGCUCAUUCAUAACAAAUACAAUGCACCCAUGGACAUUGCUCUAUAUUAGAGCUUGUGUUGAGCCAACGCCUCCUCUAAAAAGAUGCCUGCGGCGUCGCUGGCUGUCCCAUUGUAGCCGUCCGGCAGUGAGUUGUGGUCGCUUGUAGAGAGAUGGCGCCACGUACUGCCCUAUUGUUUUCAAUGGGGCUAGCAUGGUGUGACAUCGGGGGUGUAAUGUGCGCAUGCGCAUAUGUGUGUUGGAAGCGGCCACCGCAAGGAUCGCCAGCUACCACCUCCAUUAGAAACGAGGAAGAAGGGAAAGGGUAGGGCAGGAGGUUUUUGGCUCACGUGGCAGGCAUCUUUCUAGAGGAGGCAUUGGUUGAGCCCCUUGACUUAUGUAUGCUGCCAUUCUUCCUGUGUGUAUUUAAUAAACCUAGUGUUUGAUCUCACUGUAGAUGUGCCUGUAU